AUCUGUCCCACAAACUCAAACCGCGGCUUUAAUUCUGACAUCGCUGCUUUUUCUGCGCUAAACUGACGGUGCUUCGUGUUGAGACAUGAAGACCUUGAGUUUAUCCACGGGGGCGUCCGGAGACGGGCGGAGUCAGCCUUACACCUGCACCGCCCCAAAUCUAGAGAAUAAGCUCCUCUCCCAAACGUCCACUUUACUCAAACCCCCAGAAACCUCUCCCCUUUUAUCCCUGUCAGUCUCUCAGUCUGUCCUCUGUCCCUCUCUCCAGCCCUCGCUCCUCUCCUCUACCACUUCUAAACUCUUGUGUCCAACACUCCCGUCCUCUCUCCUCUGUACCCAGAAUAAGCUGCUAAAGACUGAAUCUCCUCUUCUGUCGCAGCCUAAGUCCUCUGUAGUGUCCUCUGUGCAGCCUGGGAGUGCUCUGCUCAACCGGUUUGUUCAUAGUGAAUUGAAGGAGACAAAUGGAGGUGAUCAGACCAGAGACACACACGACACAAUGUGCUGCACUGGGGAAGACACUACUGUGCAUUUCUCUGAAGAGCAUGUGUCUGAAGAAGAGUCCACUAUGUUUGUGGAGGAAGAGCAGAGUGUGUCAGCCAUCUUUGAAUCCCCUGAAAUGGAGGAGGAGGGGGACUCAGAGGAGAGUCGAGUCGUGACCCUGGAGUUUGAGGAGCUAAGGAGAGACGAGAAGGACCGAGAGGAGCAGCUCAAAGACAAAAAGUACCUGCUGCUGAACGUGGUGUGCUGUUCGUUGGUGAAUAAGUCCAAGUCUCCGGGUCAGGAGGACUGGGACAGCGAGGACUCUGUUUGGACUAAACUCAUAAACCUGAGCAAAGACAUUUCAGAAGAAGAUCCUCAGUUUCUGCUAAAGGUGGCCGUUUACACUCGCCAGGAGCUGAACAUCAGGAUCACAGCUAACUUCCUGUUAGCUUUAGCGGCUAACCUCCCCUCCACAAAGUCUCACGUCCGUCGUUAUUUCUGUGCCGCUGUUCAGCUGCCUUCAGACUGGCUCGAGGUGGUCAGGAUCUACAGCACGUGUUUCAGUCGCUCUCUCCCCAUGUGCCUGAAGAAAGGACUGACGGAUAAAUUCAAACAGUUCAGUGAAUAUCAACUGGCAAAAUACAACACUCGCAAACAUCGGAGCAAACACAACAAAAACAAGACGUCUAAAGCAAAGGAACCGUCGGCUCAAGAGCUGAAACGUUGGGCCAACCUGGUCCAAUCGGAGCCAGCGCUGAUCCAAAGACUCAUUAUGGGCAAUUCCAAAAAGCAGGUGGUGGAUAAAAAACAGAGUGAAUUCAGUUUAAAGAAAAUGAUCAAAAGACUCCACAUCAAAGAACCAGCAGAAUAUGUGAUGGCCAUUUUGGGACGAAAAUAUCCGUCUGAUGCGAAGGCGUUCACUCACAGCGGGAUUAAAGGGACGUGGGACAGAGAAAGAGCUGGGAAAAGGAUGAAACUAAAAGAACCUGAAACAUGGGAACACCUGCUGUGUCGAGAGGGGAACAGCGCCACCACAUGGGAGAAGCUCAUAGACAACAACUCUCUCCCUUUUAUGGCGAUGUUGAGAAAUCUGAGAAACAUGAUCGUGGCGGGCAUCAGCGCGGCGCACCACAAAACCAUCCUCUCCAGACUCACCAAUAAGAAAGCUGUGAUUCAGAGCCGUCAGUUCCCGAUCCGGUUCCUUGCAGCUUAUAAAGUCAUCAUGGAGCUGCAGACUUUAGCCACAGCUGCAGCGGAGGCCGUCCCAUCGAAACAAAACAUCUUGAAGGAAAUCCUGCAGAAGAUUCCUAAAAGUCCAAGAUUCAAGAGCCAGAGCUGGGAUCAGAGCCCAAAGAGCCGGAUCCGCUGCGUCCUGUCUGUGCCGUUCGUCUACAGAUUCUACAAGGCCAAGAGGGCACAGCUGAAGUCUGCGGCGGGUCAAAAGUCGUACUCUGUGGAGUUACUGCAGCGUUAUCGUGACGCUCUGGAGAAGGCCGUUCAGAUCUCCUCUCGUUACAACAUCCCUCCUCUGCCCGGAAAAACUGUGAUCCUCCUCAACGCAGACAUGCAGAAAAUCUGCUUCUCCCAAGACUUCUGCCUCCCCCCUGACCCCACCCCCCCGGGGGAGGUGGAGGAGGAGGAGGAGAAGAGGGAGAGCAGACGGAGACGGAGGAGGAGGGACGAGACACCAGAGGAUCCACUCUCUCCCACUCUCGUGGAGUUGGGCGUGUUACUGUCUCUGAUGAUCGGCUCCAGAGCAGAGGACGUCAGUCUGGUCCUCACCACCUACGACCAGUGGACGCAAAUCAAACUAGAGUCAGACAAUCUGCUCAAGAACGUCCGGACAGUCGCCAAGAGGAUCAGGAAUCUGGAAGAAAUGUCGCAUGAGGAAAGAGAAGAAGAAAAGAAGAAGUCGGACUCCUUCAGUUUCUCAGAGCAAAACAAGGUGGAUAACAUCAUCGUGGUCACUGAGUGCUGGUCCAGCUCUGACAUUGAAUGGACCAUAAACAACUACAGGAAAGACGUCAACAACGAAGCACUUUAUGUCCAGAUCCUCCUCAAAUCAGAUAAUGUUGAAAACACUACAGACAGAAACCACGUGAUACUGACGGGCUUCAGUGACCAAAUGCUCAGGUUUGUCGCAGAACGCGGUUCGUCCCGACUGUUGGACCACGUGGAGCAUUUGGACAAAGUUUACAACAUUCCACCACCAGAGGGCGCUAAAGAGCCUCUGAGCCACACUGCAGUGUCAGUCACAGCCAGUCCCAGUGUGAGGUGGCGUGGCGUGCGUGUCUUCAUCUCGUCCACGUUCAGAGACAUGCACGCCGAACGGGACGUCCUGGUUCGUUCCGUGUUCCCCGAGCUGCGGCGCAGGGCCGCUCCACACCGCCUCUACCUGCAGGAGGUGGAACUGCGCUGGGGCGUGACGGAGGAGGAGUCGGGUCGGGCGGUGGAGCUGUGUCUGAGCGAGGUGUGUCGCAGCCAGGUGAUGGUGGUGCUCCUGGGGGAGAGGUACGGACUCACGCCCCCUAAACCUCAGCUCCCGGCGCCGCAGCACAGCUGGUUGGCAUCUGCUCCUGAAGGCCUGUCCGUCACAGAGAUGGAGAUUCGACAGUUUGAGGCUCUUUAUCCAAACGCUCCACAGAGAAUGUUCUGUUACAUCAGAGACGCCGACGUCAUCGAGUCGGUGCCUGUGGCCUGGAGGGCCGACUUCACUCCUGAAUCAAGAGACGCACAAUCCAAAAUGGCCGCUCUGAAGAACCGACUGAAGGACAGUGACGCCAGAGUCACAGAUUAUCCGAGUGAAUGGGGCGGAGUUGUUGAUGGAAAACCGUAUUUGAAAAACCUGGAGUAUUUCCGUACGGCCGUUCUGGAGGAUUUAUGGGCCACUGUGAAGGAAAACUUCAUUGAGACGUCCGACUCCUCGGACACUGCAGACUCUGAACAGGAAGCUCAUCAGGAGAUGUUGUGUCAUCAGUUUUGCGGUCGAUCUAAACUCUUGUCCUCCGCUGUGACUCUGGUGGAACAGUCCCAGGCCAAAGGAGGGAUCGUGGUGCUGGAGGGAGGAGCCGGAGAGGGGAAAACUGUAUUUAUGGCUGCACUGGGACACGCUCUGAAAACUACAAAGAUGAAGCCGACACGUGACAUCAUUUCCUACUCUGCCGCGGCCAGCCAAUCAGGUCGCUCUGUGGACAAAGCGACGCGUGAUGUCAUCUCCUACUCGACCGCUGCCAGCCAAUCAGCUCGCUCUGUGGAAAACCUGCUGUGUUUCCUCAUAAAACAUUUGAGGAAAAAUAAUGAUGAGACGCCAUUGCCCCGAUUGUACCGGGACCUCGUGUCUGAACUUCACUCUGUUUUGAGUCAAAGUCAAAAAAAGUCUCUGGUGAUUCUCGUGGAUGGAGUCGAACUUCUUCAGGACGACAGCGAACACGUCAUCUCUGACUGGAUCCCACAGCGCCUCCCACAGGGCAUGUGUUUGGUCGUGAGCGUCCCGACCUCCUCUUCGCUCCUUCAGGCUUUGGUAAAGAAAAAGUCCACUUUUCUGUUGACUCUGGCUCCUCUGACCAUCACCGACCGCAAAGACAUCGUCCAGGAAAGACUCAGCGCCUUUGGGAAGAAACUCAGCGACUCGGCCUUCAACAACCAGGUCCAGACUCUGAUCAUGAAGAAGGGCGCGGUGAGCCCUCUGUACCUGCACUUGGCCUGUGAAGACCUCAGGAACUUUGCCUCGUUUGAUAAAUUGAAUGUGAGUCUGCAGACGUUGCCUCAGUCUCUGCCUCAGUUGGUGCAGUUCAGUUUGGAUCGACUCUGCUCCGAGUUCAGAGAGACGCAGGGACUGCGCUGGGCUCUGGCGGCGCUCGCCGUCAGCUGCAACGGACUGAAGGAGAGGGAACUGUACGCCGUGCUCAACACCUGUAAUGACCUCUGUACAACACAGGGGGCGCUCUCCUGGGACAGAGCUCUGGACCUCAGCAGGAACCCCAGAGGAAGAGUCCCCAUGGCGAAUUUCACUCGAAUAGUUCACAGUCUCCAGAGUCUCGUUGGACCGUCUCACUGCUCGGACACAGACGACGUCCUGGUUCUGUCCAAUCCUGAAGUGAGACGAGCGUUUGAAGAGUUUUUCCUCCCGACAGAAACCGACCGCCACAGAGCCAACCUCAUACUCGCCGCGUAUCUGUGGAGCUCGGCCGAUCCAACAGGGGGCGACACUUUCCUCCACUGUGAGGCCUCUUCUCUGCUGCAGCUCCCACACUGUCUGGUGCGGUGUAAUCAGGAGAACUCUUUAACGUCCCUUCUCUCCAGUUACGACUUCAUCUUCGCCAAUGUACAACACGGACUUCUGCACCACCUCCUGAAGAUCUACACCUCGUUCAGUUGCUCAGAUCAGGCUGUGGUGGACUGCUUCAUGUUUCUUCAGCGUCACUCGUCUUUGCUCUCGUCUUGGCCGGCGCUUUUUGUUCAACAGGCUCUGAACGAUCCACCCGAUACGUCAGCGCACAUCUGGGCCCAAAGCAUGAUGGGAAAAGGAGGAGUGCGGGCCGUGAAGUGGCUCAACAACACCCAAAAUAACCUGGACAUGAGUGUGGUUGUGUCUUCGUUCCCCUCUGGACUCUCGUGUCUGAAGCUCAGUCCUGAUGAACAGAUGAUGGUGGUGGGGACAGUUCGAGGGACACUGCACUUUGUCCACACACAGACUGGACAGGAGGUGCGUUCUUUAGUGAGCAGCUGUGAUGGCGUCUCCUCCUGUGUUUUUGUCACAGUCGGACUUUUGGUCUCCACCUCCUUUGACGGGAAAAUUGAAAUGUGGGACGUGGACAAUGGCUGCAGGACGGCUGUUGUGACGGGACACAAUGACGCUAUAACAGGAAGUGACCUCUCUGCAGACAGGAAGUACCUCGCUACUGUGUCUCUGGACUCCACUUUAAAAGUGUGGAGUGCGUCUAAAGGGGAGCAGAUGGCCUUCCUGCCCAGCACCUGCCCCAUGAACUGUGUGACCUUUGACCCAGAAGGACACGUGAUCGCCGCUGGCUGCUGGAACGGCAAAGUGACCGUGUGGAACUGGCUUCAGAACACGACCAUCGCAUCUCUGGUCGGUCAUGGACGCUCUGUGCACAGUGUGGCCUUCUCCUCCUCCUCCUCUCUGCUUUGCUCCGGCUCAGUCUCUGGUGAGGUUCGGGUUUGGUCCACGUUUAGUUCUUCGUGCGUGGGCUGUUUUCAGGCGCACAGCAGCUCCACGGAGUCUCUGACCUUCAUCGACAACGGGAGGAGACUCCUGAGCGCCGGGGCCGACCACACGCUGCAGCUUUGGUCUGGAGGACUCGGACGAUCAGUCACGUCUCUAAGAACUGAAGAGUUCCUCUCAGAGCCGCCUCAGAAGAGGAGAGCGCCCCCUACAGGCCCUGCUCUGUGUGUGUGUGUGACCGGAGACACUGCAGCUGUGGGAACCAAAGAAAACAUCAAACUGUACAGUCUGGACUCAGGAGAAAAGAUCUGGACGUCUGACGACCUCCCCUCCUCUGUCAACUGUUUACUUUGGGUCUCUGUGGACACGGGUCUAGAGCAGGACCAGAACCAGGACCAGAACCAGGACCAGGACCAGAACCAGGAUCAGAGCCGGUCCAAGGCCAAGUCUGAUGUGUUGGUGUCGGGAGGAGGCGAUGGGCUCGUGCGGAUCUGGAGAGAACUUGAUGAAAAGGAGGGGCUGAUGGGAGGGCUGGAGGUGGCGGCCAUGUUGGGUCCUCACCAGGGUCCAGUCCUGACUUUGGCCAAAAACACGACUUACCUGGCAACGGCCUCAGACGACUGCUCCGUGGCUCUGUGGCUGCUCUCAGACCUCCUCUCGUCUCCUCACUCCCCUCUCCCUCCUCACUCCAUCCUCAGAGGCCACAGCAGAGGAGUCACCUCCCUCUGCUUCAGCCCAGAGGGAGAGCGCCUCCUGUCGGGAGGAAAGGACCAGGCUUUGAUUUUAUGGGACGUGAGCUCGACUCCAGCUCUGACUAAGUCCCUCCUUCACUGUCACAGAGACUGGAUCAGCGGAUGUGCCUGGACCAAAGACUGUGUGGUGAGCUCCUCAAACGACGGGAGACUUUGCUUCUGGGAUUUGGAAACAGGAAAAAGUAUCAAAGAAAUCUCCUGGAAGAACCCCCUGACCUCUGUCUGCUGCCAGGGUCCGUAUGUGGCGGCGGGAUGUUCAGACGGGGGGCUCCAUGUUUGGAACUGGGACGGUGCUGUAGAAAUCUGCCACAUCUCGGCUCAUCCUCAGCCCGUCCUGCACUGUGCCCUCGUCACAGAUUCUAAAGACUCGAACCCCGAGGACCUGACGGUGGCGACGGCUUCAGACGACGGCACAGCUACAGUCUGGAAACCGCUGCAGGUGGAACACUGCAGCACUUUCCUCGGUCACUCUGGAGCAAUUCGAGGAGUGGUCCCAAAGAUGGCGUCCGCUGAGCUGCUCACUGUGUCUGAGGACGGCUCUGUGCGCUGCUGGGACUGGAACAAAACAUCUCCUCAGAGGCGUAAAGGCUCCGUCUCAGCUCUGUGCUUCUGUGUGAAAAAGGCUUUGGUCAUCGCCGGGUUUGACAGCGGUUUACUGGAGUUUUGGUUCAACAGUCACAGCGUCGGACACAAACAGGUCAGUAAAGGGCCAGUGACGGCCGUCUGCUCCAUGUCCGAGGGUCUGGUCGCCGUGGGAUACGACGAGCCUCAUGUGGACGUGUUCAGAGUCAUGUGGACCCAGAACAGCUCCGUCAGUUUGCUGAAGAUAAACUCGUACGUCGUAGAAGAGGCGGUGAUCAGUCUGACCUUCUGCUCUUUGCUUCUGGGUGUCACCAAAACUGGAAAUAUUCUAAAUGUUUUUUUUUGUGAAGACGAGAAACACAACUGGAGGAGCCACGAGAUCACAAGUUGGCAUCAUCAGACUCGUUUCCUGAGUUUUGUUCCAAACGAUGAGAAAAGUACGUGGCUGGUGGGAGAACAGGGCGGGGCUUUGUGCCUGGGGUUUGUGUUCUCGAUGGGUCCACAUUGUGACAUCCGUGACUCGUUUGGACACCUGAGACUCUGUUCAGAUGAAGAGGAGGAGCGAGGAGUCCUCAUCACUGCAGCCACCAUCGACAAAGAUUUCCUUGUGUGUGGAGACGUUAAAGGAAACAUGUGGUUUAACUUUUCUGCAGACAUGUCAUCUCAGAGAGACCGACAACCAGCGCACGCCGAGAGGAUCACAGCCCUGAGACUGACGCCAGACGCCAUCGUCUCCGCCUCCCUCGACAAAACCAUCAAAGUCUGGGACCGAAGAACCAAGAAACAGUUGGGGAUGUUCGUUUGUGUUGCGCCCGUCGUUCAUUUGGAGAUUGAUCCUGAAGACAAAACCAAACUGGUUUGUGGAGACCGACUCGGAAACAUCUACUUCCUGUCCUGGACACAAUAAAGACCUGAACAUCCUGCGGCGUGACCCCGGCGUGACCCCGGCGUGACCCCGGCAUGACCCCGGCAUGACCCCGACUUAAACACUGCAAAAACAACAGCUCCUGUUAAAACUGCUUGAAUCAAUAAUGAGGAUAUUUAUCAUGACCUGGACAUAAACCACAGACAGAGCUGAAACAGUGUCUCCUCUGUCCUCUCUGUGUCCCCUCUGUCCUCUCUGUGUCCUCUCUGUGUCCUCUCUGUGUCCCCUCUGUCCUCUCUCUGUGUCCUCUCUGUCUCCUCUGUGUCUCCUCUGUGUCCUCUCUCUCUGUCCCCUCUGUCCUCUCUCUGUCUCUGCUGCUUCAGACUCAUUCUGGUCUUAAAUGUUCGUAUUAACCCUCUACAUGAUCCUGGGGUUUUUAUUUCACUAUUGUGUCUGUAAAUCAAGAUCUGAACAUUAAUAACAGACAAAUCAGGUCCUUCUUUCUUAUAUAUAAAUACACACACACAGGUUUACACACACACACACCCCCCCACACACACACACGGAACAGAACACAAAGAACAACAUUUAAUGUGAAACAUCAGUUUCUACAUAAAGAGUUUUUCCUGGUAUCGGUUCCGUGUAAAGUAUCAAGUCUUAGUAUCGAGACUUUUCUGCAUCAAGUGACUGAUAAACUGAUAAACUCAGUGUGUUCUUAUUAUUUGAAGUAGUUCUCAUUAGAAAAGAACCUUUAGUUCAUGUUGAGUUGUUAAUAUUAAUAUUUAAAAAAUGUAAAAUGGAUUUUGUCGCCUGUAGCUUAAUUGUCUCACACUAUUUUUCAACAGUUUUAACUGAUCUGGUCUGGUCUGAUCUGGUCUGAUCUGGUCUGGUCUGAUCUGGUCUGAUCUGGUCUGGUCUGAUCUGGUCUGGUCUGAUCUGGUCUGGUCUGAUCUGGUCUGAUCUGGUCUGAUCUGGUCUGAUCUGGUCUGAUCUGGUCUGAUCUGGUCUGGUCUGAUCUGGUCUGAUCUGGUCUGGUCUGAUCUGGUCUGAUCUGGUCUGGUCUGGUCUGAUCUGGUCUGGUCUGAUCUGGUCUGUUUUUUUAAACUGCACUGACUCAGACAUGGAGCUUUUCAAAAUAAAUGAAACAUUUU